AUGGCCGACAAAGCAGAUGGAAAGGAUCUUGAGGGCCAAAAAGAGUUGAUGGGAAAAUGCUUCCACGGAUCGGCUGGAUACGGUUCUUGCUUAACAAAUUUGAUUGAAGGAAAGGGCGACUAUGCCUCCAUGUUUGACCGGACGGCAAUUGAGAACGAUCGAGAAGGCAAUGAGCAGAGGAAAGAUGGCUAUGCCCUAAUCUUGAAAGAUCUAGUGUCUUGCGAUGAGGCUACCACAUUCUGUGUCCACUCUAGAGGCUUCACGCGUGAGGCACUAGCCAAAACAAAAGGCGAGAUUAUCCUGGGAAGAAAUGUAUAUGAUCGAGGCAACAGGUGCAUUGCCAACUACAAGACAGCCCUCAAGUAUCACGAUGAAUUUUGUCCGAAGUCUUCUCCAGACCCAUAUCCAUCUG